AUGGCGUCCCGUACAAAGCUAUCUGGCAUCCAGAGGCAGGCCUUGGCAUUAUACAGAGGGUUCCUUCGGACAGCACGGCUCAAGUCCCCAGAGGAGCGCCGCAGGAUAGAGUCCGUUGUCUCAGCAGAGUUCCGUGAGAAUGCCAAGAGUGUAGAUCGCAGGAACUUUGUGUACAUUGAGUAUUUGAUGAGGAGAGGGAAGCGGCAGCUUGAGCAGCUCAAGAAUCCUGAUAUCACUGGACUUUCUACACUUGAAAUAAAUAAGGAGAUGCUUAAAGUUAAGUGUAGUUGCUCCAGAACAUUUCCUGGACUGAUCGGUUGUUUUGUGUAUUCCGAGAUCCAAUGCUUGUAA